UUGAAAUAAUAUAAACAUUUGGUAAAAUAAAAAUAUUCGAUACACCUCAUUUUCGUUGUAUUCGCUGUAUAAAAUUUGCUAUAAAUUAAAUAAUUCUAGUGAUAUAUCUGAAUUACAUUGAAAUAACAUGAAUGAACAUUGAACAGUAUACAUGCGUCUAAGCUAUUUUAAAAGUUAGAAUAAUAGUAUAUACAAUUUAAAUAGUUUUAAUUAGAUGUCAUUCGUGUAAAAUGUUAACUCCACGAUUUGAAUUGUCACAAACAGAAGAUGAACUUACUAUUGUUAUUCAUGCACCAUAUGCAAAUAUCAAAGAUACUGUAAUUCAUAUUGAUGGAACGGAUUUUAGAUUUUAUUCUACUCCGUAUUAUUUAAGAUUAAAUUUGCCUGGAGAGAUUGAGGAAACUGAUGCAUCAACUGGUGAUUAUGAUUGUGAAAAAGGAGAUUUCAAGUUAAAAUUAUCCAAAGUUCAUAAAGGAGAAUAUUUUGAAAAUUUAGAUAUGAUAACAACUUUAUUAGCACCUUCAAAAAAGCAAAAAAAUAUUGUACCUGUCAUUGAAGUGAUUAGUAAUCCUUGUGUGACCACUAAUGAGUAUGUUGAUAAAGAAAAUGAAAGCAAUGAAGAUAAGGAUGAUACUAAUAAUAUAAAUGAUAAUGGGGAUGAAUGGUAUACUAAACAAAUUCCUGUAUCAGAAGACAUUUACUCGCUACAGUCUCCCAAAUAUGGAUUUGCUAAUAAAAUUUCUGGAGCCUUAUCUGCUUUUGAAAAUGCAUGGAUUAAAGAAAUCAUUGAUCUACCGUUACCCGAUAAAACUUUAGUAGAAGAUCGCAAAAAAUUACGUGAAAACGAUGAAAUCAAAAGUUUUAACGAACAGCAUUAUAUGGCUGAUUUUGUGGAAACUGAUUGUCUUGAACUUUAUUUGUCAUAUGAAUGUGAAUGGGAAAAGCUUGUUCAAGCAGAUAUAAGUUUUAACGAUACUGAAAAAGAUAUACUUAAAGAACUGCCAAACAAAGAAUAUUUAUUAGAUGACAAUGAGAUGAAGAUAGCACUCUUUAGUAUGGUUGAUAUAUUGUUUGCAAGUUGUUAUAAUUGUCGAACAACACUUGGAGAAAAUACUGUAGAAAGUUGUUGGACUAUAAACAAACUUAGUUCAACUUUAUCUUGGUUUCAGAAUUUUUCUAAUAUGAAUGAUGUAAUAUUGAGCUGUAUAAGACGAUCUUUAUGUUACCCCUUAAUUAGAAAUUGGGAUCUUGCAAUAAGAGUUUUUCAAGAUGUUAAAAAAGUAAUUAAAUUAGGUAAAAAGUAUAUAUUAAAGCGUUUUUGUGAAAUUUAUAAACUUUUUAAUAAUUCUUAUGAACCGAGAUAUAUAUUGAAUCAGCUAUAUAUUCAAGAUUACUUAAUCUGGUUACAACAUGUUCAAAAUUACAGAAUAGAAGAACUGAAUUUGUUAUUAGAAAAUAUAAUUCCAACAAAAGAAGAAUUAGAUUUAGAUCUCACGAAAAUCGAAGAAGCAAUUUACAUGGUACAGAAUGAAGAUUUAGUUAUUGAAAAUGAAUUAUAUACUUUACCUAAUGACUUAGAAAAACUCAUUAUCAGUAAUGAUAAUAAAACGUAUGUAAAUAUAAAUUCGCGUAUUUCCCCCCUUACUACCGAUAGUGAUUCGGAUUCGGACUCAGACUCUUCCUCAAGCAGUUCAACUACAAGUAGUAACAGCUCAAGCAGUUCUUCCAAUAAUUAUAAUAGUAAUAGUAACUGUACUAGUAAUAAUAGUACACUUAAUAUGGAU